UUAUAAAGAAAGUUUUUAAGUAGAAUGUGGAUAAAUCUAUGUGUUUUGCCGUCCUUUAUAUAUCGUGUUUCUGUAUCAUGAGUUUUUUUUUACAAAAACAGACAAAAUACGGGUACUCAUUCAUUUAGAGAUUGCGCUUCCAUACAUACGAUUGGUUGUUCAAAAUGGUGCAAAUCAUUUUCUUAUCAUAGAACUGUUGUUUGUAAAAUCAAUUACGGCGGCAAUAAAAAUAAACGAGAAAUUCAACAUUAAUUACUUUUAAAUUCACAAUAACAAACAUUUAUAACGAACAUUUGUAAAAAAGAUUUAGUGGAAGUAAUAAAGGUCUCCGAGAGAAACACAACUUUUGAGGAACAAUACAGCGUCUACGACAAUGACAUCGAAGAAAGAAAACGGAUACGAUUUGGCAAUUUAUGGACUGGAUAACGGUCAAUUUUAUGCCAUCCAUAUACCAGCGUUAACAUGUAUCUAUUUAAGUUUAAUAACAGCUAUAUUGGUAAUAUAUUUUUCAUUUAAACAUCAAAGAAUAUCAACAUUUUUCACUUGGACAAAAAGUGAACGGUUUGUUGUGUAUCUUGCCAUAUGCGAUGCCUUGUUUAAUAUCUGCCACUCAAUGGAUCAUUUGCAUAUUGUCAUCAAAAAAGAUCAUGUCUACCCAAAAGCUCUUUGCGAGUUUUAUGGCAUCAUGCUAGCCGAGUUCAUUACUGCGCAGAACUUGAUGGUAAAUGUGGUUUCUAUCAAUGCUUUUGUUUUGAUUUACUUUGGCAAAAAGCUCGAAUUUGGAAAAUAUGAUUGGAAAUUAUCGCUUUGGGUGUUUGGAACACCUUUUCUUGGCAGCAUGGUUGCACUUACGACUGGAUCAAUGGGACCAUAUGGAACCUUCUGCUAUUUUGAUGGUGUAAAAGGAAUGUAUGCAAAUCUUUUCUUCACCACGGUGCCUCUAGUCAUUAUUCUGACUACGAAUAUCGUUCUGUAUGUUCUGACAUGGUAUCGUAUCCGGAAAGAGGAACCAAGAUUUAAAAAUUCGUCAGGACAAGAUGCCAAUGUUGUUCGUUCAUCACACAGGGCAGCUAAAAACAUGUCUUUAUUUGUUGCAGCUUUCUUUAUACAAUGGUGGGCCAGAGUUUUGUAUGGGGUGUGGCAGAUUAUUGCAGUGGUUCCACAAGCGUUGUUUCAAUGUGUUACGACUUUCUCAAACAUUGGAGGAAUUUUAAAUGGCAUUGUUUAUGUGAUUAUUAGAAAAAGAAAAGGGAAUAUUCAACAUUAAAAGCUAUUUAAAAGACUUAUCAUUAACCAUAUGUCAUGUAAUCUUUCAUUAUUAAAGCCGUUUUGAGUGGAUAAGUAAGUUAGUUGAAAAGGAAUGGAGGAGUGUUCGAAGCUUAACCAAGUACCCAAAAAUACGCAUUCGUUAUCUGUGAUGUCUGUUCCUGUCCCCUUUUCUUGGACCGGCGAACUGUUACCUUCCAGUUGUGGCACCUUGAUCACAACGAUUCGUUUUACCAGAUUCUAUGUAAUUAGUUUUAACCUUUAUAAAGUUCUUCCUGAAUACAAAACUGAAAUACGAAACAAACUUGAAAUAGUGAUGGUACGACGAAAGCCAUUCAAAACAAUAUUUACUCUGGGAUGCAGCCUGUUUUUGUGCACAAAACAAGUUAUUGCUUAGAUAUUUUAUUUAUUGCUGGUAAUAGAUACUUAAAAAUUGCAGAAAGAUUUGACACCACGAAAUUAAUAUUGAUCAAAAUUUGAACGAAGGUCACAUUUUACAGCUAAAAAAUCGAAAUAAAAAAACUUACCAAAGCAAACUUAUGUUAAAAUUGACACAAUUUGCUGGAAAUAGAAAAAAUCGAAUUAAAAAGCUUUGUUGUGUGGCUGACCAAUCUAUAAAUUUCGCUCCGUUUGAUAUGGAGUGAGAACUAUCAGAAGAGAACUGCUGCACAAGCAAGCUUACUCUUAUGUUUUAAUAUAUCCGGACGUUUCCUUCGUGGUUUAUCGGCUUUUUCGCAUGUACAAUUUUUGUAAACAACUUUUUAUAAGGACGUGUGAAUGUGGUUACAUUUCUGCUUUGUAAACGUUUAUGUAGCGAUGCUGUUGUACAGAGAAAAAUUAAACCCGACAACGUGUUUGUUUCUAAUUUAUAUCCUACAAACUAUCAACUAGGUUCUUAUAGAAAAAAACAUACCUGGGUGGCUUGACAGUUUGUCUUGUCUUUGGGAUUGACCAUCCACUUUUUAUUUUGGUCACGGCGGGUAAAAACGGUCCAAGAAAUGCUUAUCAAAAGCGUCCGCGUUUUUCGGCCCGUAGGUUUUUAAAAACGGUUGAGGACCGUAAGUAUUAUAUCUUUGGUACAUGGUACCAUACUUUUAUCUGGUAUGUGUUUUAAACGUGUCUGAUGGUUUUACGAGCGCUAGAAUUUGAAAGCCGAAUAAUUUUCUUUCGAUCGAAUAUAAACAUGCUUAUGUUGAACAUCGUGGAAUGUCUUUUUAGCUGUCUUGAAAUAGUGCCUCUUUCAAUUUUACCCUUCCAGUAACAAACUUUGUUGGGUAUAGAAUAGUAUUAAAUGGUAUUAUUUUUCUAUUUGAAGGCAUUAAAACGCAAGUUGUAAGACGAAUCUUCAAUUCUGUUGUUUUACA